GUGGUAGAAGACCUGAAAUCUGGGACCUUAGAAUCGGGGUAAAAAAAAUGUAUGGCAACACUUCUCAAAUAUGCUCUGUCUCACAAGCGGCACGCCAACCAUUCGUCUAUUUACUUCUCUGUCUACGUGAUAAAUAAUAUAUUGUCAAAAUCAAAUGGCUUCAACACGGAGAAUUUAUUUCGAGUCAAGCUCAUUUUAAUACAGGUACCUAGGAACUACGAACGAUAAAUAAUAUUAAUUUCCUGUGGUGGAUUUACCGUGGUGACUUAUAUGGAAGGGUCUGUGCUUCUGCGUUCUAAUUUCUUAUAACUAAUCUGUGGGGACUAGGAGUAGGUUGUUAAACAAUGAAAUGAAUAGCUACUUACCUAAUAAAAAAUAGGUGGUGGAAAAUAUAGGUAAUCGUUCAUUAUUGGCCAGACCAGUUAAUAAAUGCAAAUAAAAUCCGAUAGUAUAGCAAAACAAAGUUUUAUCCGUAGAGUUAACCAACAAUUUUCAGCUACAACAUAUUUAACUGCAAGUAAAAUUCGAUACGAAAUCUGUUAAUUUUUUUUCAAAACAAAAUAUAAACCGAUCUACAUGAGUUUGGAUUUGGAGGAAGCUAACGAAACACAACAGCUAAUGCAGAAUGAAGGUGAAGAAGAAGACUCGAAAGUGCCUCAGCCGGCUACAUCUCCAGUUACUAGCAAUAAAAUUUCAAGUGGAGCAGCGAGCUUAACAUCAAAAAAUCCUAAUACAUUUACGAGCACUGGUAAUAACAGUAUCAAUGAUUCUGCUAAGGUUUCAUAUGUAAAUGAAAGGCGAUUGCAUCGUGAUUUUAUGCGCUCUAAUAAUACCAGACCUAAACACAUGCCAAAAGAAACCCCAGAUGUUAAGCACAUGGAAAAAGCUUUACUAGAAUUGCUUAGUGAUUUCCAUACCGGGAAACUUAGUGCUUUUGGUACUGGCUGUAGCAUGGAGCAAAUGAUUAAUAUAAGGGACCAACAAGAACAUUUAGCUCGGCUGCAUUUUAGGUUGUAUGGAGAUGCAGAGAAGCCCACAGAAGAUAGUUUAGAAAAUUCUGCAUCUAAAGAUAAUAUGACACAGUUAGUACAAAGCUUAGAGCAGUUGUCUGCAUCAAUAGAGCUUCUGCAAUCAGAUGGUGUACCUAAUUCAAGUGGUAAUAAUAAAGAAUAAAGCUUUUGAUAAGCUCUAUAUUAAUGAAAAUAUUUUUCCCAUACUUCAAUAUCUGGUGCACAUUGACAAUGGAAUUAGAAUAAUAUAAUAUGUAAAGCCUU